AGUCGGGAAAGAAAACGGUACUCAAAAGUCUCAAACAGCAGCUUCAUUCAUUUCAUUCCUUCUAUUUCUCGCUCCCUCCUCUCUAUUCUCUCCCUUCAUAAGGCCCUUGAUUUUGUGUGCGCGGUGGGGCUCCACCAUGGCCCACCAUGAGAGCUUCGUGGUGGUCCACAACAUAGCGAAGAGGCACAACAUCGGAACCAUGGCCCGCAGCGCCACGGCUUUCGGUGUCUCCGAACUCAUCCUUGUCGGGCGAAGAGACUUCAAUGCGUUCGGCAGCCAUGGCUCCACCUCUCAUCUCCGCUUCCGCCACUUCCAUUCCCUCUGCGACGCUCGUCUCUACCUCACCAACGAGAGAGAUUGUGAUAUCUGCGGCGUUGAGAUCGCUGAUGGAGCUGUUGCUGUGAGUAAGCAUCCUUUUAGGAGGAGCACUGCUUUCCUUCUUGGAAAUGAGGGAACUGGCCUUUCAGCUAAGGAAUCUGAAAUAUGUGAUUUCUUUGUUUACAUUCCACAAUAUGGCUGUGGCACUGCAUCGUUGAAUGUAACAGUUGCAGCUUCAAUUGUCCUACACCAUUUCGGAGUUUGGGCAGGCUUUGCGGAAAGAAGCCGCGACAGAAACAAGUUCAUCGUGGCUGAGAGACCCAUAAAACAGGUGAGAAGAAAUUACUGUGCAGAAACAGCUGAAUCUGUUGUUGAGGAGCGGAAAUCUAGAAGGGAAAACUCACAUGAUUUUUUUGAUGAGAGUAGAACUGAUGAUUCACAGUCAUCAAACCUGUUGGAUGUGUUGUUCACUGACUAGAUAUGCAAAGUUAUAAUUUAUAUUUAUAUUUAUUUUUGGGUUUAAACUCUCCUCUUUAUAAAACUAAGUUGCCCAAAUGUAACAUGCGGUGGGGGCCAUGGGCUGCAUUCCAUGACUGCAAUCCAAGGAGCUUGCCGUCCUCGUGUCAUUUAGUAACAACAGAUGGAGCCGCCACGUUGUCUACUCACGAGGUUUUUAACAGUACA